CUUUGCUUCGAAGUUGUAAACCUCAAAGAGAAAGAAACCAAUCUGAAAAGUGCUUUCCAGCGGCAAUUCAUCAACCGUUAAGUUCGACAAUUACAAAGAAACCCACAUUUAUUAUCCACUCUCUUAUUUUCUUUCUUAAUUAAUAAAAAUAUUAUAUAGUUUCCAUUUCAAAUCCACAAAACCCCCAUUUUUUUUUUCUUUUUUCUUUUUCUGUAAAUUAAUAUAGAAGAGAAUCAUUUGAUAAAGAACCCACUACUCCUGUCUUUGUAUCGCGUGGCAUCUUGUUCGAGAAAUAUUUUAAUUGAUUUUUGAGAUGGGUUUUUAGUGAUUUGAGUGAGAAAAAAGAAAAUAUAGAAAAGAGGAAGAAAUGGAACCACCAAGUGGGAUAUGGGCUUCUCUCUGGAACUUCAUUUUGUUCUUGCCUUUCUUCAUCGGCCUUCUCCUUCUCGGCUUCAUUAAAGGUAUAAUUAUGUUCCCCGUCGUAUUUCUGAUAAUGACAACCGGAGUCUGCGCUAUAAUACUCGGUCUUUGGCCCGUUCACUUCUUCUAUACUUAUUACUGCAUUUUAAGCACUAAACAAUUUGGUCCAGCUUUGAAGCUCGUACUUUGCAUAUGCAUUCUCGCCAUAUUAAUAGCAUGGCCGCCAAUCGGAAUAGCCUGCGGCGUUUUAGGUGGUGCCGCCUAUGGUCUUCUUGCACCAUCUUUCGCCACUUUUCAAGCUGUUGAAGAAGGGAAAACGGACAAAUUCUAUCACUGUAUUUGUGAUGGAAUUUGGAGCUCUGUUAAAGGUAGCUUCACUAUCAUUAGAGAUUUCUUGGAUGUUUGUUACUUCUCGUACUUCUCCAUUAUGGAUGAUUUACGGCGCCAAGGCCCCCCGGAGGGUAAAUAUUACGAGAUUAGCUUGUUCUACGUGCCACUGGCUUUAAUAGCUGGAGUACUCGGUGCAAUGGUUGAUCUACCAGUAAUCUCGAUUAUCGCACUAUUUAAAAGCUUCUACAUGUUAUUCAAAGGCUGGCAUCGAUUAUUCCACGACUGCAUAGGAAGAGAAGGCCCGUUUUUGGAAACUAUAUGUGUUCCAUUUGCAGGCCUAGCAAUUUUACUCUGGCCGUUGGCCGUUGUAGGAGCCGUUUUGGGCUCGAUGGUAUCGAGUAUUUUCUUGGGCGCUUAUGCUGCAGUAAUUGUUUAUCAGGAAAGGUCUUUUUGGUUUGGACUUUGUUACAUUGUCGCUUCAUUGUCGAUUUACGACGAGUACAGCAAUGAUAUUCUUGAUAUGCCCGAAGGGUCCUGCUUUCCUAGACCGUGUUAUAGAAAGAAGACUCUGCCGCAAACAACGUCUCCUCCGGCUUCGUUUUCAAGGCCAGGCUCUUUCAAAAAGCCGCCUUCUCGAACAAGUUCUAUGAAUGCACCCAUGCUUGAUUUGAAGCCACUUGAGUUAGUUGAUGCAUUGCUCGAUGAGUGCCAACGCCAUGGGGAAGUUAUGGCCUCGGAAGGGAUAAUUACUUUCAAAGAUAUCGAAGAUGCUAAGCAUAAUAAAGAUAGUGGCGGUGUAAUAAGUAUCGGUUUGCCUGCUUAUUGCAUUCUUCAGUCGCUUAUUCGAUCGGCAAAUGCUAAUUCUCCCGGUAUAUUGCUAAGUGAUGAUGUUACGGAAAUAACGUCUUCGAAUAGGCCGAAAGACACGUUUUUCGAUUGGUUUCUUAAUCCACUAUUAAUUAUUAAAGACCAGAUUAAGGCUGAUAAUCUUUCUGAAACAGAGGAGGAAUACUUAGGAAAGUUAGUUUUAUUGAGUGGCGAUCCGUCGAGAUUGAAGAAUUCGAAUAUUGGGUUAGCACCCGAAACUGAACUCAGACAAGCUGAACUUGAUGCAUUGGCUCGAAGGCUUCGAGGGAUCACUAAAUCUAUAUCAAGAUACCCGACUUUUAGACGUCGAUUUGACGGUAGCGUAAAGAACAUCCUCGAAGAGCUGGAAAAGAAGAAUGGUGGGAGCAGAAAAUCUAGAGCAAGUAAUCUGCCGAGAUCGAGAAGUAUGUUCGAUCGGAUAUUUAGCCAGAAAUCUUUGAAGGGCAAAACAAGCGACCAUCUUUCUGAUCAAGAGAACGAACCUGAAACUGACAUUGAAAUCAGAUGAACGAACUUUUCGAUUUUGUUGUUGUAUCAUAGUUCUUUUUAUGCAUAGGUAGUUUUGGCCCCCACCCCACCCCUCUUUUUUUGUAUCAAUAUUUAUAUAUAUAGUUCUUGUUCAUCUCCUUUCAAGAUUUGUAUGUACCUAUAUGUUUGAAAUGGUUUAUUCAAUUUUGGUUCCCCUUUUCACAUUUUAA